AUGAGUUCCGUGCAUGCCCACUCUCAUCCGAUAACCGUGCCGUAUCGCACUCGAACGAGAAAACGGCAGGGGUGCAGAGUGGAGGAUUCGAAGCAGCGGAGGUGGAAAGCCGUUUUCGCACGCCCUCGCCUUGUGUGCCAUGCUCCAUCGCCGCCUCGCCUCAUCAUGGCGACGACGAAUGGGACGAGCUUCAAUCUCACUGAUUUCCGAGAGGGUGUUGCGGUGGAGCCGGUGAAUUCUACCUUCUUGAACUCCACAUCCUCAGGAGCAGAGCUAGGACGCACAGUCAUGGACGAUGUGUGGCUUUUGGCACUUCUGUGCCUGGCAAUGCUCCUCGGAUGCUUUGUUGCCGGGACCAUUCCCCUCGUUUUCAGCAUGUCUGAGGAGAAGCUUCAGCUGGUGUCCGUACUUGGAGCUGGUUUAUUGGUGGGCACAGCCUUGAGUGUGAUCAUUCCAGAAGGUGUUAAUUCCCUUUGUGAAGUGCCACACACAAGUAGCCUUCCUUCUGGGGCUAAAAAUGAGCCUGCAUCACAUAAAGGUCUUGAACCUCAUGCCAUCAUUGGAAUGGCUUUAGUCUUUGGCUUCGUCUUCAUGCUCCUGGUGGAUCAGGUUAGCAAUUACUGCAGAACAAGAGGCAAGGACAGUGAUGCACCUAUAUCUGUGACCAAAAGCACAGCCUACACAGCAACCUUGGGACUGGUUGUUCAUGCUGCAGCUGAUGGCAUAGCUUUGGGUGCUGCAGCAUCUACUUCUCACAAAGACACUGAGUUCAUCGUCUUUAUUGCCAUCAUGCUGCAUAAGGCCCCAGCAGCAUUUGGCCUGGUGACAUUCCUACUUCAUGCAGGGAUGGAGAGGAAUAAAAUACGCAAGCACCUGUUUGUCUUCUCACUUGCUGCUCCUCUUCUAGCCAUCAUCACAUACUUUGGAGUUGGGCAGGAGAAGAGAGAGAGCUUCAUGUCUCUGAAUGGGACAGGUUUUGCAAUGCUGUUCAGUGCUGGUACUUUCCUCUAUGUGUCCACAAUCCACGUGCUUCCCGAAGUUUCGCACUUUGAAGGACAUUCCACGGACUCCCGUUCCACAUUGCCAACAACAGAAUCAAAAUCAGAGGCUGGUGGAAACCACAAAGGGUUACGAGGGAAGGAAGUCUUGACCCUCAUUGUGGGUUGCUUACUUCCAUUGUUACUCUCAGUUAAUCAUCAUCACUGAGGAGGGACCUUUUAUGCAUCAUAUAGGGUGUCAAGAAAAUUUUUUUCACCAUCAUAUAUUCCAUGAAUUUAUCCUGCAGGUGAAAUGUGUCUGCUGGAGUAGAAGGGAUUACACCUCAUGGGUUUCAUUGCAUGAAUGGUGGGCCUAGAGACAUUAGAUAUCAGGAAUCUACAGACAAUAUUUUUCCCAGAUAAUUAUUUUUUCUACCUGAAUUUGUUAAUCUUUCUUACUUGUCAACCACUUGUUCAACUUAGAUUUUUAUCACUUCUUGAUGCAUUCUCCAAUCCUUCCUUAAGAGUGACAACACUGGAAUCCCAUAGAUGUAUUCUUUCACCUACUCUGACUACUGGUGUAGCUGAACUUGGACAAUAUCAACAUUCUUGGCUUGCACCAUUGGCCUCAUUUUAGUGACCCAAAAUAAGUUAAACCAUUUAAUUGCUUGCCAUUUCCAAAUAAAAUGAAAUAUUUCAUGCUCAUGUCAGAUGUAAUAUCAUGUCAGAUGUAGAUCUCUUUUGUUCCAUUAAGAUUUACUUAAUUUAAAUCAAUCACAUGUCCCAGAAGCAGUUAAUUUUUCAUGAAUAUUAUGCAAGGUUUUGAAUUCUCAAUAAUAAUUUUGGAAUAUACCUUCUCUUGGAAAUACACUGCUUGCCUGAUCUUUGUCAAGCAAUUCAAUAGGCUGACUUGCAGUGCUUUUCACACUUCUCUAAUUUGUGUUGUCACCUCUUAAAAGUCAGCAGGGUCAUCCUUGACUGUGAUGGUUAAGUGCUGAUUGAGGUCCUUCAUCAGUGAAAUAGAUUAUAUGGCGAAGAAAACGAUGAUUGAAUAGUUCUCAGGCUGUGGGUGAAGCAUGCCAACCCUCUUCAGAAUGAGCAGCAAUUCUAAUGCUAGAUUUGUCACGAAUCACUCAUGUUAGGUGCUAUUCAUAAUAAUAAUUGAAAACAGUUCAUGUAAACUACUAUUGUUUUCUUGUUUUCUGUCUUGUAUUUCCAUAUUCAGAGUUGAUAGUGUGACUGGGAACACAACAUUUCAUACUGCUUGUUUUUCUUCCUGACC